GACCCGUAGUUGAGCGGCGAACGCGUCUCGAAAUGGACACGGACAAUAAAAAAGCGAGGGAGCCCUCGGGCCCCGGCCUGGCCAACGACGAGAUCGACUUUACCAGCGGCUACGAGGACCAGUACCGGAAGGAGUACAGCCCGCUCAAGCCGACGUAUGUCUCCCCUCCGGACAAGAAGUUGGCCUGGUUUCGCAACUGGUCCACCAUCCUGAUGAUCGUCUUCCUGAGCUGCGUCUUCAGCCUGGGCACCGUGAUCCUGGUGGCCCAGGUCUUCACUACCAGCCUCCUGCACAUCUUCUUCAUCGUUGCUGCCUAUGUGGCCGUUGCGGUGUUUAUGAUUUUUCUAGAGGUUCAAUCCAUCAAAGUACGGUGAUCCCACAAUCGAAAAUCAGGCCCAAAAUUCCGCUUCAUUAGAACGAGUACUGUGACUAAUUGGCUGAGUUGUCGUAUAAAAAAAUGUCGUGCUAAUAACCCCGAUUCGCUAUCAAAAUGCUCUUGGCCUAUGUGUUGUGCAAAUAAAUUGAGAGCUUAAAGAAAAUUUAAGCAUUAACACCCAAGAUAUAAAAUAAGUAUUAAAUAAACAAA